AUGGCUGCACGGGGCUCUGCCUGGCCUCGCCUCUCCACACCCCUCCGAGGCCGACGCCGCCGGCGCUCCAGCUUCCCGCAGUCUCGGGCCGCCUGUUGCGCGCGCCCCGGGGCCCCGGAGGCCGCGGGAGGAGUCCCGCCCAGGGCGGCCCUGCGGCGCGGGGAAGGCACCCGCGCCGGCUCCAAUGCUGAGGUUGCAGCAGACUCGGAGGAGGUUGGCUGGGGGCCCGGGGGUUCCGGGGGGCCAAGGGAGAGCCGCGUGGCCCCGAGCCCCCUCCCUCCAGCCCGGCUAUUCAGUUUUCCCCCUUCAAAGUUAGCCAGGCACGACUGGCCGCUGCAGCGCAGGGCUGCGGUCUGGACCGCACUUGGGGCAAAGACCCGGAGGGCCGUGGGGGUGCAGCCUCUCAGGCACUGCCCGGCCCACCGCAGCGCGCCGGUACUGGGGCUGGCGAACGCCUUGUCUGUGCACCUGGCAUGCGCAAGGACCUUCCCCCAGCUCUCCUGGCUCACUGCAGAGAGAGAGCCCGCCUGGAACGCGCCCUCCGAGGUCCGGGGGGGCCACGCUGGCCUUUUCAAGGCAGAAGCUUUUAAAUCCAAGAAGAUAUGUAAAUCACUUAAGAUCUGUGGAUUGGUGUUUGGUAUCCUGGCCCUAACUCUAAUUGUCCUGUUUUGGGGAGGCAAGCACUUCUGGCCAGAGACACCCAAAAAAACAUAUGACAUGGAGCACACUUUCUACAGCAAUGGAGAGAAGAAAAAGAUUUACAUGGAAAUUGAUCCUGUGACCAGAACUGAAAUAUUCAGAAGUGGAAAUGGCACUGAUGAAACAUUGGAAAUACAUGACUUUAAAAAUGGCUACACUGGCAUCUACUUUGUAGGUCUUCAAAAAUGCUUCAUCAAAACUCAGAUUAAAGUGAUUCCUGAAUUUUCUGAACCAGAGGAGGAAAUAGAUGAGAAUGAAGAAAUUACCACAACUUUUUUUGAACAGUCCGUGAUUUGGGUCCCAGCAGAAAAGCCUAUUGAAAACCGAGACUUUCUGAAAAAUUCCAAAAUUCUGGAAAUUUGUGAUAAUGUGACCAUGUAUUGGAUUAAUCCCACUCUAAUAGCAGUUUCAGAGUUACAAGACUUUGAGGAGGAUGGUGAAGAUCUCCACUUUCCUACCAAUGAAAAAAAAGGGAUUGAACAAAAUGAGCAGUGGGUGGUCCCUCAAGUGAAGGUGGAAAAGACCCGCCAUGCCAGACAAGCAAGCGAGGAAGAACUUCCAAUAAAUGACUAUACUGAAAAUGGAAUAGAAUUUGACCCCAUGCUGGAUGAGAGAGGUUAUUGUUGUAUUUACUGCCGUCGAGGCAACCGCUACUGCCGCCGCGUCUGUGAACCCUUACUAGGUUACUACCCAUAUCCAUACUGCUACCAAGGAGGGCGGGUUAUCUGUCGUGUCAUCAUGCCUUGCAACUGGUGGGUGGCCCGCAUGCUGGGGAGGGUCUAAUGGCAAGUUUGAGCUCAAGUGCUUAAACUUCUGGCAGCCAACAUAUAACAAAUGCAUGCUAUUCAAUGAAUUUCUGCCUAUGAGGCACUUGGCUCCUAGUAGCCAGCACUCCAGAAUUACUUGUAGGUAAUUCCUCUCUUCAUUUUCUA